GGACGUGCAGAUGCGGAUGAAGCAUUGCUGAACGAAGUAUGUACGUGAUAAUAGAGCCCCACUACCGCGACGAUCUACCACAUGAUGAAGAACUACUGCGGGAUGGCGAAUCCGUGUACGAUCCCCGUGACGCACGGAGGCGUGGUCGACUGAUCAUGAGGAUCUUGAGCGAUUCGAUUGUCGAGUCGAAGAGGUCGUGUCCCGACGAAUGCGACUACGCUCACCACCGUGGUGCCGACGGGUCUCCACUGCGUCGAGAUUGGUAUGUCAUUCUGAAGGUGGAAGAUCCCGAUGACAACGUAAGAUCCUAUGAGUCACCCGACCUGGCUGGCAUGCUGGAGUGGGGUAGAGCGACACGCCUGAGGGAUCUGAAUGCGAGUUCCUUACAUGCCGUUAAGACUCCCACCAUCGCCUACGCCAAGGCCGGGACACGCGACGAAUGCAUAUCGUUCACAUAUACCACCUGCCUACCAUAUGCAUUGAUCUUGCUAAAACAAGUCUGUAUGCCUGGUCACCACAUAAACCUCUACUUGCCAGACGACUCUCACCGAAACGGAUACCGAAUACAGGUCAUCUGCCAUCCAGAUGGGAUGGGGCCCACGUCGCUGGCCAGGGAAGAUACGAUUCUCGGAGACAGACUGGGAAUAUGCAACGGAUACCACUCGAGCCUGGCUUCGAUGUUAUCCAUAGCGGUAGUGGAGCACCCAAACCUAGAUGACACAGAAGGAUACGGGUUUGCUUGGGUGUCCCUGAAAGAUGAGGGGACAAUGGUGAAGUUCUUCGCAGAUACCAUAAGCAGGGCGUGGUACCUGUAUCGCAGAGACAAAUACAUGCUGGAGUCCAAGUCUCCUUGGUGGUUGGCCUCCCUGGAUAGAACCACUCCAUCACGCGGCGUGCGAGGGGGCGCAGAAGUUGUGGCGUGCGAGGGUUGCAUGUGCAUGAGAGAUGUGACCCUACUGACGGCAGAGGACGUAGUUCUGGCGAGGUCACCUACGCGGUCAGCCAGGUUGCGGGACAUGCACAGGAAAGGAUGUGAGAACAUAGACGAACUUGCCGAAGAGUCGAUACCUUUGCUGGAACUAUGCGUCAGACUUAGGCCAGUCACUGGGGAGUACAACCCAGCUGAGAAUCCCAUUACGGAGUACGUGAUGCCGUACAUGGAAAUUGCCAACAAACAGGUGCACGAUCACAUGCUGCUCAAGAACGUAGAGUUGUUACUGGGUAGAUAUACGCACAAGAAAUACGGCUAUACGUUCAGGUUCAUGACGUAAUCCAGAAAGACAGCAGAGAGUUCGGUCGCAUGAGGUAGAUCGCACGACGGGGUCGGAUGCUCAUGGAGAGAUGAAAGAGUCCGGCCAAGUGCGUACCACGGGAAAUUCGGAACGACGGCGUCGAUCGAAGUGAAUCGCACGGGGUGGUAGGGACGACAGAGGUAGCCAAGAUGGCCCGAGGGGCCAUCAUGGCCCGAAAGGUUCAGGUGCUCGCGGGGGCGAUGUCUUGGUGCCAAGGAAUCGGAUGCGGGCGUGCGAUGUUGGAGACUGGGCGCAUUUGGGCCGACGGAGGAGUGGGGACGCGGGCAUAGGGAUGCAUGUGGGCCGACGAGUUCAUCCACAAUGUGCAUGAAGUAGCUUGGAUAUUCUGAGACUCUUUCUGUAAUGGAAAUGCCAAAAGUUGCAAGGAUAAAAAAUGAUGAUGCGUCGGUAACAUGAAGGAGGAUUUGUGGGGCGACUGUCAACUGGCAAAUGUGAGAUGCAUUUGCCAAGAUUUGUCGCUGAUUUACACCACAUGUUGAUGCAACACCCGCCUCGUCAUCCUAGUCUUAAGAAC